AUGGACCCUGUAGUUCUCGAUAAGAUAAUCGAAAGGCUAAUUGAAGUCAGAUCUUCAAAGCCCGGGAAGGCGGUGCAGCUUUCGGAGUCAGAAAUCAAGCAGCUAUGUGUUGUCUCUCGCGAUAUCUUUAUGAGACAGCAGAAUCUUCUUGAACUCGAAGCACCCAUCAAAAUUUGUGGUGACAUUCAUGGGCAAUACAGUGAUUUAUUGAGGCUUUUUGAAUAUGGGGGUUUUCCUCCAAAAGCAAAUUAUCUAUUUUUAGGUGACUAUGUAGAUCGUGGCAGACAGAGUUUGGAAACAAUAUGCCUCCUGCUUGCUUAUAAAAUUAAAUAUCCUGAGAACUUUUUUCUUCUCAGAGGAAACCAUGAAUGUGCGUCGAUUAAUAGAAUUUAUGGAUUUUAUGAUGAAUGUAAGCGCCGGUUUAAUGUGAGACUGUGGAAAGCCUUUACUGACUGUUUUAAUUGUCUUCCGGUGGCGGCUCUGAUUGAUGACAAGAUAUUGUGCAUGCAUGGGGGCCUCUCCCCUGACCUUACAAACUUAGAUCAGAUUAGAAACUUACCACGUCCAACUGCUAUUCCUGACACUGGGUUGCUCUGUGAUUUACUGUGGUCGGAUCCUGGUGAUGUCAAGGGAUGGGGUAUGAAUGACAGGGGAGUUUCAUUCACCUUUGGCUCCGAUAAGGUGUCAGAGUUCUUAGCAAAGCAUGAUUUGGACCUUGUCUGUCGUGCUCAUCAGGUUGUGGAGGAUGGUUAUGAAUUCUUUGCUGAUAGGCAGCUUGUUACCAUUUUCUCUGCCCCCAACUACUGUGGUGAAUUUGAUAAUGCCGGUGCAAUGAUGAGCGUUGAUGAAAACUUGAUGUGCUCUUUCCAAAUUCUUAAGCCAGCAGAGAAAAAGAACAAGUUCAUGAUGUCCACAAAGAUGUAG